UUCCACAAAACAAACAUGGCAGCGGUCACAUGAACGAUCGAAGGCUUCCUGUUUGGUGAAAAGAUAAACUUCACAGUUCAUUUAUAGCGAGUGUAAAAGGAUAUUGAAACCCCAGUGCAGCAGAUCGUGAAGGGUUACCCAGUAUCACAAAUUCUGAACUGUUUUCAAGCCGUUUCGAACAAUAUUCGGUUCAGCCCUUUGUGGCGGAAAUCUGCCAAAAUGUGAACUUGCAACUUCAACUUUUCAUAGCGAAAGCACCGAAAAAAAAACUGGACGAUUUAGCCAACGUGGUACAGUGAGGUGAAUAGCAAGGCUUUGCUCCAAGGUUGAAAACAGGUUCCAGAACUUUGGAAAUGGACGAAGAAGACGAUUUGCAGCCGGAUUCUCCGCCGGGAUUCGUGGAAGAAAUCGAUAGCACUGAACUUGAGAUAACAGAGACGGUUGGAAGGGGCGCAUUUGGAGUUGUUUCAAAGGCAGUAUGGAGAAGAAAAUUUGUUGUUGCUGUCAAGACCAUUGAAACUGAGGCAGAAAAGAAAGCUUUCAUUGUAGAGGUACAACAGUUGUCUCGCAUUAGCCAUGAGAACAUCAUCAAACUUUAUGGUGCAUGUACAACACAAGAUCCAGUGUGUCUUGUCAUGGAGUAUGCAGAAGGAGGCUCUCUCUAUAACUUACUUCACUGGACACACAGAGCACUACCGGCACCAAUCUACACAGCUUCCCAUGUAAUGAGCUGGGCUCUACAGUGUGCAAGAGGUGUGGAAUACUUGCAUGGUGUCAAACCCAAAGGAAUUAUUCACAGAGAUCUCAAGCCUCCAAACUUAUUGUUGACAAGAUGUGGAACUGUUAUAAAGAUCUGUGAUUUUGGAACAGCUUGUGAUAUGAAAACAUACAUGACAAACAACAAAGGAAGUGCAGCAUGGAUGGCUCCUGAAGUCUUUGAAGGCAACAAUUACACAGAGAAGUGUGAUGUUUUCAGUUUUGGUAUAAUUCUUUGGGAGAUGAUAUCUCGCUGCAAGCCGUAUGAAGACAUGUCAGGGUUCAAUGCAUUCAGAAUCAUGUGGGCUGUUCACAAUGGAACAAGACCUCCUUUAAUAAGAGAUAUUCCAAAACCAAUUGAAGAUUUGAUGACAAGCUGCUGGGCAAAGGAACCCUCCAAGAGGCCUUCAUUCACAAGAAUUGCUCAUAUACUUCAGCAUUUAGUGCAGUUCUUUCCAGGUGCUGAUACUUGCCUUGUGUUUCCUGUUGGUUCAGCGAGUAACAGUACAGAUGAAAGCACUGAAAGCUCUGAGGGCAUGUCACUACUGAGUCCAGAACUGGAUCCACACAGUCAGGAGAUGUCCACGCAGGGAAGUACACUGAGUGACACUGUAAUUGGAGUGCAGAGCCAGCCAUCCAGUGAGAGUGACAAGGAAGGUUCGUAUGAAGUGGAUGAUGAAGAUAAAGAAGAAGAUGAAACACCAGUGCCUGAGGAAUUUGAAAAUGAGCCGUCAAUGGAUGAAGCACACGAGAGUCCCAGAGGUCCAGCCUCUCCAACCAUUACAUUCUCUGUUGACAAUGAAAAGAGUCCAACAGCCCAGUUCUUUCGGCAGCCAUCUGACUCAGGAGGGUCUCCAUCAUCCAAUCAAAAGCAAGGAAAAGUUCCUGCUCUCCGACCAAUAAGUCCCAUACCUGGUCCACCCCCAGGUAUAACUUUCCAGCCAAUCAAAAUUGUGUCUGCCUCACCUUCUCCGACUUCAAAUGCCAGUCUGACCACCUCUCCUCCACCAACAUCUGAAGUGAGCCAAGUGAAGGUUUCCAGCCCGAGAAUGUCCCUUCAACAACCAGUGAACCCUGCACGUUCAUCCAGCCCUGCCAUGAUCAGCUCUGGAUACUACCCGAAUUAUUCUACAGAUGUCCAGCCACCUGGAGGGAUGCAGCAGAGACCUUAUUACCCAGCUGGGGGCUUUAUAUCAACAGCACCAUCUCUGGGACCUGGGCAACCUCCAGUGUACUCUGAGGCGGCAGGUUCUGGUUUUCUAGGGGGUGCAACAUCCCCCUACAGAUCUCCCAGCCCUAUUCCAAAUUAUGGCCAGCAGGGUGUUUACCAACCAAAUACAAUGUACCCUCCAGUCUCUGCCUACAACUUCCCUGUGUCCUCCACCUCUAGUCCAAUACAAAUGCCAACACCAAGCAGUGUUCCUUCAGUACCCAGGAACACCCCAGUGUCUGGAUUUCAAAGGCCACCGGCUGAUGGCUUAGAUCUUGAAGAGUUGCGACAGGCCCUUCAGAAUGAUCUUGACCCUUCAGACCACAGCAACAGGGUACACGUGAACUCCAGUGGUCAUUCUACACCUUCACAAGGUUCGCAUACUAUGGGUUCUGGUUCUGGAUUUUCCAGUCAAUCCAGUUCAGGAGCAGCAAGCCCUUAUCCUGAUAGAAAGACCAGUUGGCCUGUGAGUGGCCCACGUGUGCAUCAUCCACCUUAUCCCAUGAACAGAUCAGUGUCAUCUCCAGAACGAAAGUACAGUGGGGAGAGAGAAAGUCCAUUGUCAAGGAGAGGUGAGCUAGUUGAUCCCAUACUGUUCACUAGCAUUUAUCAAGCAUUAGAAACUCAUUUGCAGCCUAUUGCACCAAACCCUUCAAUUCCAGAGUCACAGGCAAUUUAUGAUGAACAUAUCAAGCUUGCCAAAGAUUACAUCCAAGUUCAAACAGAAAUGGCAGUGAUUCUGCAAAAGAAGCUUGAACUGGAGAGAGAGUUACAAGAAUACGAAACAGAGCAACAAGUUAAUGCCCAGUAUGUGGAGGAGUUUGCAAUGCUGACAAGUGAAAAGGAAAAUCUCCUGUUGCUUCAUAAGAAUCUGAAGUCAGAACUGGAGAACAUGAAACGGCAUACAGGUGCACUGCAAUCACAGCCCAGUCGACCUAUGAGCCAAUUUCGAUGAUCAUAAAAACCCAUGGAAAGUCCAAGAAAUAAAUAACUAUGUACCAAGCCACAUUUUAACUCUUACUGUGGUAACUUAUUAACUAAAGUUAAUUUACCACAGUUUGAGGGACAAUGAUGUGGAAAAGGUUUUUCAUGUCUGCCAUUACUGCUUUCCUACCUGUGCAAGCAGCAACCCAGAAAAUUGAAAGUUAAAUAUGUUAUACAAUGGAACCCCACCUUAAAGCCACCCCAUUAGUGCAGCCACCUCAUUAUUAUGGCCACUUUAUUCUGGUCAGAAAAAUGCUCCAUCAGUCAUUUUCUUAAUAUUUAAAGAACCAUUUAAUACGGCCACCUUGUUAAUACGGCAAGAUUUUUGAGGCCCGUUGGUGUCCAGAUUAAUGGGGUUCCAUUGUUUUAAAUACAUGUCUGGAUAUUUGAAAAGGAUGUGAAUGAAAUUUUACCCUGGUGUAGAUGAUUUUCUUGUCAGAGACAUCUCCAAAUAAGAAGAGAUAGAAAUUCAAAGGAAUGUCAGUAUGUUUUUUUUUUUGGUCCACUCUCUUAUCUUCCUCUUGUGCUCUUCUCUACUCCUUGUUUUCCAUAGCUUGGAGUGAUUUUUAGGCCUUUAGGAGUUACGAAAUCAAAGUGUGUAGCUCCUUUGGUGCAAAAGAAAGUAUCAUUUCAUAUUUUAAAGAUGAUUUCCAGUCUGCACUGCACAGUCUCAGCACCCUAAAUUUUUUUUAUCUUGGAGGCC